UUGCUGUGGAUGGUGAGGAAGCUGCGAACAAACAAACACAGCAGUCACUACUUGUGAGGAGAAACAGGAAUGGAGUGAGUGUUGGACAGGCGAGGGAGGGUGUGCGAGGAAGAGGAGGACGAGAGAGGGAGGAAGGGAGAGUACUGAAAGGUGAAAAGGUAGAGACACUCUGCCUUAAUGUCCUGUCCAGGCAGAUUUAGUGUCAGCGUUCAGUGUCAGAGGAGCUGAGCAGGAGAGCUCUGAGUGGAGAUCCCUAACUGGCUCCUGCUUCUUAUCUCUUCUCGGAUAUGAAACUUGCUUUUUCUUGAACUGAUUGACCUCGAUGUGGCUUCCUGACCUCUGGUUCAGCGUCAGAACCUGGGAUUUUAUCUCACUACACACCGGGAGAAAGGUCUCUCCAAGGCAACAAAUGCUGAAAGUGAACCUGAAGACAAAUUCUCACUUGAGCUUCAUGAAGCUGACAUCUAAUGUUCAACCUGUCUGACUGACUGUCUGAGUGAGUGAGUUGGGGAUUUCCAGAGUUGAGACAGUGUUGCCCUCUGUGCUCUGUACAGUCAGCAGCUUCAUGCUAAACUUACCCAACAACUUAAAGUAAAAGUAAACUAAAUUUUUAUCUGCAGUUCAUUGAAGUUCAUUCAGUCCCGGAGAGUCUGUGCUUGCACAAAGCCAUCUGAAAAGCUAUUUUUGUAAUUCAAACUGAAGACCUCCAAGAGAUCCAAACUCUUCCUUUGGUUAUUGGUGUUUUGCUCACAGUUGCAGGAUCUCAACUACAACAGAGGAGUGUGGAUUUGCUCACUGAGACACAAAUACAUCUGAACAAAAUGAUUAUUUGAUUGCCUGUAGCAACAAAGCAGAAACACACGGGAGAAAGUAACCGCUAACAGACCGAACACUCACCAACCACCAGCAGAUGGAGAGGAAGGAGGAGGUGAAGUUUGGUGGAGCAGCAAUGUCACUGCCGGCGGACCUGAGGUGCCUGCAGGGCGUCGGGGGAGCAGAGGGUGAGACGGCGCUGGCAACGCUGGAGAAACAGCUCAUCUGUCCCAUCUGCCUGGAGCUCUUCAACAAACCGGUGGUCAUCCUGCCCUGCCAGCACAACCUGUGCAGGAAGUGUGCCAAUGAGCUCUACCAGCCCUCCCUGUUCCAGGCUCGUACCACCAUGAUGGUGAACAGCGGCCGUUUCCGCUGUCCGUCCUGCAGACAUGAAGUGGUGCUGGACCGCCACGGCGUCUACGGCCUGCAACGAAACCUGCUGGUCGAGAACAUCAUCGACGUCUACAAACAGGAAGUCAUCAACAGCAGCAACGCCACAAGCCCCCUCCCUCCUCCUCCACCUUCUGCUCAGGCAACAUGUUCAGACCAUGAGGGUGAGAAGGUGAACAUCUACUGUAUCACCUGUCAGGUUCCUACAUGUUCUCUCUGUAAGGUGUUCGGGGCUCAUCAGUCCUGUCAGGUGGCUCCUCUGACAGACAUCUACCAGCAGCAGAAGGAUGAGCUGAGUGAAGAAAUCAGUUCUCUGGUGGCGUUCAACGACAAAGUCCAGGCCUUGAUCAGUGAGCUGGAGGAGACAUGUAAAAACAUAGAGGAGAACUGUAAGACUCAGAAACAGAGUGUGUGUGAGAGGUUCGAUCGUGUGUUUUCCAUCCUGGAGGAGAAACGAAAGGCGAUGACAGACCAAAUCAGCUCCGAGGAGGAAGAGAAGACCGGCCACGUCCAGGCGUUGGUGUGUUGCUAUGGAGACAGCGUGGAGGCCAACAACAAACUGCUGGAGAGAGCUGCGAGCAGCAUGGAGGAGCCGGACACGGCUGCAUUUGUUCAGAAUUCAAGAGAGCUGAUCACAAAAGUGAUAGCAGCGACCGGCUCCUGUCCAGCCGAGACACUGAAACCAGGUUAUGAGAGCAUGAGCCACUACAGAUUUAACUUCAGCAGACAGGAGAGAGCUCUGAGGAGCAUAGACUUCCUCAAAGUUGUGGAAGAUGUUCCUGAAGAACCGGAGAUGGAACAAGAACCAGAAGAACCCAAAGAGCCCUCUGUCCAGAGCUCAGAACCAGAACACCAUCAAGAAAUCUCGGCGCAGGACCUGGAAUCUGUUGAUGAACCAGUUAAAGAGCUGAUCCCAGCACUGAUAUCCCCACCAGUGGAACCAGUACAAUCAGCUGCACCAACCCCAGUCCCAGUCCCACCAGCUCCAGGUUUGUUGAGAGACUCUUUGGAGACUUCAGAGGCAGUUGUGCAGCCAGAGAUUGACGACCUGGACUUAAAUGAUGGAGGAUCCGAUCAGAUAAUGAUGAACAAGAGGGAGGAGGAGAAAGAAGAGGCGGUGGGAUGUGCAGCUCCUCAUCCUGUUAAAGAGGGAAACAUCUGUGAACGGGAGGAGGGAAUGAGCACACAACAGGCUGUCACUCUGCUCUUCUACCUGUUGGCCUUCCUGGUCAUCCUACAGAGGGUUUGGGCUUACAUCGGCUGCUUCAUUUGCACAUAACACCAGCAGGAGACACAUCCAUCCUCACUGCUGCACAGCUCAGAUGGAGACUGAGACGAGGGGUCCUGCUCAGACCAGUACUCCCCUCUCCUCCUCCUCUUCCUCCUCCUCCUCCUCUUUCAACCUCAGCGAGGCUCCUCGUCGACCCAGUUUCUGCUUCUCUUGGCUGAACCCCCUCCACAAGAAGAAGUAGAGGAAAGAGAGAUGUGUUCGGAGAGGACGUUUGUUGAGGAGAUGAAGAAAGAUUCAGUCCAGAGUCUCUCGGCGCUGCUCUGGGACUGAAAACACACCGCACUGAUAAAAACCUCAGACUGAAACCUGUUUUAUUCUAAACAUCCAUCUAGUUCAAAACACAUUGUGUGGACAAAACAGGAAUAGAUCUGCUCUGGAUCUGUGUGCCUAAAGAGAAGAACAGUGACACUCCUAGAGGCUCUUAUUUUGAAAUGUUUUUUUUUUGUUUUAAAUAGAAGCUGCUGCCCUUCACACUAAAAGUCUUCACAGCUUUCAAAUUUGUGAUUUUAAGUGUCAUUAGCAGAGGAGUACUGCAGUGUAGAAGAAUUUGGAAUAGUAUACUAUAGUUAUUAUAGUAGCUAUGGUUGGGGUACAGUUGUUGAAACAGGACAAGUUUUACCUGUUUUUAAUAAAAGAAGUAGAAUUGAGGUAUUUACAGUAUAGUUGAAGACAUAGACGUCUUAUAGCAGAGCUUGUAGAAGGAGGAGCAGCUACAGCAGAAGUACUACUACACAAAAGAGUUUUACUUGAACAAAAUCUAAUAAUUAAGCGUUUCCUAUCUCAUUCUGUGGCAGAUUUUGGUCGAAUUAAACGUAAAAUUUGGACGCAUGUAGACAUAAGAACCAAUUAGGUAACAUUUUUUAUUUCUAUCCAAAGAAAUGUGAGGUUUUAACAGCUUUUUACUGGUGAUGGGAGCUACUUGUUGUAGCUUGGAAUUAUAAAUAAUAGUUCUUAAUGUACGAGGGGGAUUGAGCAGUAGAGCUGUAACAGUAUAGAAGUAAAGGAUAAAGGGGAGUAGCUGUAGUAUGAGUAGUAGAAGUGCUACUAGACGACCAGUUUGAGCCAAUUUGAACUGGUGAUUCUGGAUGUCACAUGUGAGUCGGUGUGGUUUGGUGAUUAAAAAGAUUUUAUGAUUUUG